AUUGUUUUCUUUAGCGUCACUUUCAUAAUGUGAAUAAAGGUUUAUUUUAUUUAUAUAACUUAACUAAAUCGUAUUUAGUUAAAUCUUUAGUUUCCCUGCUUUCCUUGUUUGUGUUCGUUCUUAAUUUAUUAUUUGACAAGAUGAAAAUUGCUAUAGAAGGAUGCGCUCACGGCGAGCUAGAACGUAUUUAUGACUCUAUUGCUUUAAUUGAACAACGUGAGGGUGUUAAAGUUGACUUGCUUAUUUGUUGUGGCGAUUUUCAAUCUACUAGGAAUUUGGACGACCUAAAAUGCAUGGCUGUACCCCAAAGUUAUCAACACAUGUGUACUUUCUAUAAGUAUUACAGUGGUGAAAAAGUAGCACCACUUUUGACUAUUUUUGUCGGAGGCAAUCAUGAAGCAUCUAAUUAUCUUCAAGAGCUAUCUUAUGGGGGUUGGGUAGCUCCUAAUAUUUAUUAUUUAGGAAAUGCAGGAGUUAUAAAUAUCGCCGGAAUAAGAAUAGCUGGUAUUUCGGGUAUAUAUAAGGGGCAUGAUUAUAAUAAAGGACGUUUUGAACUUGCUCCGUAUGAUAAUAGUACAAAACGGAGUGUUUAUCAUAUAAGGAACAUUGACGUAUUUCGUUUGAAACAGUUAAGUAACAAAAUAGAUAUAUUUUUAUCGCAUGAUUGGCCUCGAGGAGUAUAUAAUCAUGGGGACGCAAAACAGUUGCUCAGACAUAAACCAUUCUUUAGGGAAGAGGUUGAGUCAAACAACUUAGGCAGUCCGCCUUGUGAAGAUUUGUUAUAUCAUUUAAAACCUAAAUAUUGGUUUGCUGCACAUUUACACACAAAAUUUGCAGCGGUUGUUCCACACAAAAGUACUGACGAUUCUGAUGAUAGUGUUUCGGAAAGUACUAAAUUUUUGGCUUUGGAUAAAUGUCUUCCACAAAGAAGGUUUUUACAAAUAUUAGAUAUACAGCAUGAUUCUUCAAAAACAAUUGAUAUUGAGUACGAUUUAGAAUGGUUAACAAUUUUACAUCUUACAAACCAUUUGUUGAGCGUAAAGGAAGGUUUAAAUUAUAUGCCCGGCAAAGGGUCACCCCAAAGGUGGGUUUUUACACCAACUCAAGAAGAGUGUGAUUUGAUUUACCAAAAACUUGGUAAAAAUUUAAAGGUACCUUUAAAUUUCAAACAAACUGUAGUACCUUACAAUCCCAAUUCACCUCGCAAAUCAAACGGAAUGCCCAUGGCACAAGUGAACGACCAAACAAUAGCUAUUUGUAACAAUUUGAACAUUGAUGAUCCUGUUGCACUUUUACUUAUGUAUAAUAAUGGUAGAAUUAAUCUUUGCAAUUCCCGGCAGCAUGAUCUUACAAACUCUUUUUCGGAUGUUUCAAACUCUUUUAAUGAAAGCUUGCUUGAUAAUUCUACUAAAGAUGAUGUACCUCAAAUUAAUAUUCAAAGAUCGAGUUUGUCUUUGCCCUUGCCUAAAUCUGAAGAAAUAAAUUUGUCAAGCGAAAAUUUGGAAGAGAUAGAUUUACUUGACAGUGAUGAUUUUUAUUUGAAUUCAAAUAAUAAAAGAGUAAGUCCUACGAUGCAAGAUGACAAACCGGUUGAAGCAAACAUCAAAGAUAUAGAUGUUAUUAUUGAGUUGGAAAAUAAGAAAAGCGUUCCCAUUAUUACAAGUGCUAAGAAAUUUAAAAGACGCAACGAACAAAUAUAUACCAGUUUAACUGAGGAUGUAUAUUGAGUAAAGAUUUAAUGUAUAUAUUUCGAUAUACAGUUAUUGUAGAAAUUUAACUGACCUAAAUUAGGUCAACCUGAUAUUAAUUUAAGUUUUAACAAAUGACUUUGACAAACGCAAUAGAUUUAUUCAAAUUUAAACAAAUUAAAUUUGUUACAAAUACAAGAUUUUAUCAUUUUAAUAGAAAAG